AGGGGCCGCGGGCUGCGGCCGGGCGCUCUCCCGCCGCCCGAGGGACGGGUCGGGGGCGCGGUGGCUGCGCCCGCUGCGGAGGCGGGAGCGCGCCGACACCCCGUUGAGGAAGUGGCCGCCGCUGCGAGAGAAAACGAGGAAGCGGCGGCACCGGCGGGCGCUACGCGCGGGUCCGGCCCCGCUCCCGGCCGUACCCUGACCCGGCCCGGCCCGGGCGCCCGAGGGCCGACGCCCCCCCCGGUUCCCUCCGGGCUGCAGCGGCAGGAGCCGCCGGGCGGCGAGUGGCAGCGGCGCGGUGCGGAGCGACCCGCGGGGGAGCGGUGAGAUAGUAAAUUUGCUACUUGGAAAAGAGAAAACAUGGCUUCCAACACAACGAACCCUGCUAACCAUUUGCCGUACUUCUUUGGGAACAUUACACGUGAAGAAGCCGAGGAGUAUCUGAUGCAAGGAGGCAUGAGUGAUGGACUAUACUUGCUCCGCCAAAGUCGAAAUUACCUGGGAGGCUUUGCCUUAUCCUUGGCCCAUGGAAGGAAGGUUCAUCAUUACACAAUUGAGAGGGAGCUGAGCGGCUCAUAUGCUAUUGCAGGAGGCAAGUCACACGCCAGUCCUGCUGAACUCGUUAACUAUCACUCAGAGGAAGCAGAUGGCCUUAUCUGUCUCCUGAGAAAACCUUUCAGCAGACCACCAGGCGUUCAACCCAAAACUGGACCCUUUGAAGAUUUGAAAGAGAAUCUCAUCAGAGAGUAUGUCAAGCAAACUUGGAAUUUGCAGGGGCAUGCUCUUGAACAAGCUAUCAUUAGUCAAAAGCCUCAGCUGGAGAAGCUGAUUGCCACAACAGCCCAUGAGAAGAUGCCGUGGUUCCAUGGGAGGAUCUCUCGGGAAGAAUCAGAACACCGUAUCCUCAUUGGGUCAAGAAACAAUGGAAAAUUUCUUAUCCGAGAAAGGGACAGCAAUGGUUCCUAUGCCCUGUGCCUGCUGAAUGAUGGAAAAGUACUGCAUUACCGUAUUGACAGAGAUAAAACAGGAAAGCUCUCCAUACCGGAUGGAAAAAGAUUUGACACCCUCUGGCAGUUAGUUGAGCAUUAUUCAUACAAACCAGAUGGAUUGUUAAGGGUUCUUACCAUUCCCUGUCCACAGCUCGGCUCAGAAAAUGAUAACAUUGUUUUUAACACUUGCCCUCCUCUUCCUGGAACUCCUUCUAAGACUUGGGCAGGAGGUGGAAUUAUCUCAAGACUCAAAUCGUACACCUUUCCAAAGGCUGGCAGCAAAAAGCUUCAGACAGCUAUUGGUCACCUGCCUGAUGAAGCACCUUUUAAUCCUUAUGUGCUGCAAAGGAAGAGAGGUCUUACAGGAGCAGGAAAAGGUGAUCAGAGAGAGGCCUUACCCAUGGAUACUGAGGUCUAUGAAAGUCCAUAUGCUGAUCCAGAUGAAAUGAAACCAAAAAAUGUCACUCUUGACAGGAAAUUGUUAACCUUGGAGGAAGGAGAACUUGGCUCUGGCAACUUUGGUACUGUAAAGAAAGGGUUCUAUAAAAUGAAAAAGGGUGCCAAGCCAGUGGCUGUAAAAAUUCUUAAGAAUGAGAGUAAUGAUCCAGCCGUAAAGGAUGAAUUACUGAGAGAAGCAAAUGUUAUGCAGCAACUGGAUAAUCCGUAUAUUGUCCGAAUGAUAGGCAUAUGUGAAGCUGAGGCCUGGAUGUUAGUAAUGGAAAUGGCUGAACUUGGGCCAUUGAACAAAUUUUUGCAAAAAAAUAGACAUGUCACGGAGAAGAAUAUAACAGAGCUGGUUCAUCAGGUUUCCAUGGGAAUGAAAUACCUGGAGGAGAAUAACUUUGUUCAUAGGGAUCUGGCUGCAAGGAAUGUACUACUAGUCACCCAACAUUAUGCCAAAAUUAGUGACUUUGGACUUUCUAAAGCUCUUAGUGCUGAUGAAAAUUAUUAUAAGGCACAGAGUCAUGGAAAAUGGCCAGUCAAGUGGUAUGCUCCAGAAUGCAUGAAUUUCUACAAAUUUUCUAGCAAAAGUGAUGUCUGGAGCUUUGGGGUUUUAAUGUGGGAAGCUUUCUCUUAUGGGCAAAAGCCAUAUAAGGGAAUGAAGGGUGGUGACGUUGCGCAGAUGAUUGAAAGAGGAGAACGAAUGGAACGUCCUGAAGUCUGUCCAACAGAAGUCUAUGAUCUAAUGAAAUUGUGUUGGACAUACAAUGUUGAGGACCGACCAGGAUUUGUUGCAGUCGAGCUGAGAUUACGUAACUACUAUUAUGACAUUUCCCACUAACAGCAUGAAGAACAGCAGCUUCCUUGCCUCCAGCCAACAUGCUCUGAUAAGCAGUUCAGUUUCUGAACCAAAUGACUUAGAUUUUUGUACUGCCACUUUCACCCUGCAAAGCUCAGAGCUAAACCCUCUGUCUGCAGGCUUGCCUUUUCUUGCCUUCUGUACAACAUCCAGCCCUGGAAUAGUGUUGAAAGUGCAGACGCCCCAAAGCAGGGAGCAAGGAUGUCAGAGCAGAUGCUUAUACUUUUGCUACGUUCCAUUUAAUUUUAUUUACACUUUUAUUGACAUUAUAUUUUGUUGUCAUGUAAAAACCAUUUAAUGUCUUUCAGACCUCUUCCUCUCCUGUACUUGAAUGUGGAUAGGAAUUUAGAUUCUUGUUAUUAAUAUUUUUAGCCCUCAAAUGCAUUAAGAGUUGUUUCCAGCUUUCCAGCUCCCCAGUGAGGAAUACCAUAAAUGUUUCUCACUGUGCAAGAAAUUUACUGUGAAAGUGUGUCUGUUGCUUUGACUGAUAGCGGAUUUGAUUUUACCCCCACGCCCCUUUAAAAUCAAUUGUGUUCUUUUCAGUAGUAAUGUAGGCAGAGGGGAACUGGGAGAUGUGAAUUUCUAACAUCAUCACCUCUUUUAAAUGUGACUAAGUUCUGUUCCUUAUCUCAUGUGGAAGCCCAGCUGCCCCUCAAGGAUUUAUCUUUUUUUUGGUGAAACCUGGGAACUCAGGGGCUUCCUCUUCCCUUGGAACAAAACAUAUUGGCACCUAAGACAAUGAUUGUGGUUUUAACGUAAUCUCCAUCACUGUAUUCCUGAAAAGAUAGCUGUACAGUGAAAGAUGACAGAGCAGCAGCUUACUUUCUCUGUGCUGUUUCAGCCUUCUCCACAUAGCUUCAUCUUUUCCAUAUAUCUCUUUGGUUAUAACAAAGCUGCUUGUGUUGUGUUUUAGACAGCAAUAAUUCCUUUCUUUUUUCAAACCUUUAUUGCAAAGCGUUGUAACAAUUCACCACACCUUAUCAUAUCUAAAGCUAAAUUUCACGCCUAGCUCAAAUGUUUUAAAACAGGUGUGUGGACAUCAAGUUUACUUUUGUCCACUCCUAAAUGUUAGUAUUUGUCCUGUUAUUAACUUCUGUGAGCAUCUCAGGAGAAGGUUUUUGUCUUACCACUCUUUUGUAGUGCACCAUACAUCUCCAUUAAUGUGCAAGUAUAGCAAUAGUAAUAACAAAUAAUGUAAUCAACUUCUGAUUCUGUUUUCCCCUUUAUGCUUUGUUUGUCCAAUCUCAUUUUAAGUAUUACAGAUAUCAAAAAUUUCUAUCAUUUAUUACUCACUAGCAGCUAGCUACUUUACUGGCAUUUACAUUACCUUAGGAGUCUACAUGCAUUGUAUCUACUAGAUAUAGAGAUUUUAGAAGAAUAUGAAGAAUAAGAUUUAGAGUUAGAUAUAUUUAUUGCAUAUGACUGGUUAGAACAUAUGUGUUUAAUUAUGUGAAGAGGGUAUUCUUAGAGGUGCAGUGAUAUUUUUUUCUCUAGCAAGGAAACUGGUUGGGCAAUUACAGUAAGAAAGUGUGAAAUAAUUUUCAUGAAAGAGAUCAGUAUAAACAAAUGUAGGAGUUACUGCUGUGUUUUUGUUUUUGUUUUCUUUUUACUAGAUUUCUGGUCUAUUUUGCAAAAAAAUCUGGUGACUUUUGGUAAUUUAAUCUUGGGUAUCCAGUACAAGACACUUCAUGCUACUGAAAGAUAUUGAGUGCAAUAGACCACCACCACAAAUGUGACCAAGAUGAUUUUUUUGUUGUUGUUUUUAAGAAACAUUUUUCUACAAGAACAGCUUGUGAAGAAGUUAGCCAUAGUUAUAUGUAGGUGUUUUGUCACUUCAGUCCUGUUACAGAGAAAUUGUUAGCUCUACAUGUGCAAUUAGUAUGUUCAUGGGGAUAUUACUUAUAAACAAAUUGCACAAAUCUCUGCUAGUCAGUGAGUGGCAAUGCUCAGUUUCCCUGAGAAAUCAAUCUAUCUGUCUGUCUGUCUAUCUAUCUAUCUAUCUUUAAAAUAUAUAUAUCUUUAAAAGUUUUAUCUGAUGCAAAAAGGCUGGAGGAAUAUUUUUUUUUCCCCUCUCUUCUGAGUGAAUGUCAUUUUCUGGUGUUACUUGAUUAUUUUUAGCUUUACUGUUAUGUAAUAAAAGUUUACAAUGAGAAGAUAAAGUAUUGUGAAAGAAAUUGAUUAGGUUUUCAAUUGAAAUUAAAGACACUGUUUUACAAAAUACAUUGUUUUAACAAGAAUCCUUUAAUAUUUAAGUGCUUUCUAAAAAAUGCUGAUGCUGGGCAGAGCAUGUAUAUUUACUGAGUUAUUGUGAUUGUUGUGAAAAAUUAAGAUUCCCCUAUUGACACUGAAAGGUACCUGACACAACAGAUAAGCCCACUGAAGCCUGGGCUGCUUUUGAAGCUAUUCAGGGCUAGCAGGAAAAUCUCCUAAAAUAUGCAUGUUGUUAUUACACAUAAGCCUUUUCAAGUGCGUAGAAACUCUGGCCUAACUGUUCUACCUUCCCACUUGCGGGACUGCACCAUCAACUGAUACGAAGGGGCUUUUGUCUUUUGGCAGUCUGGGUUUGGGUGUCUUUUUAUUUUUAGAUCGACUCAUGUCAAGUGUGCCAUUCAGCAGUGUAGCCCCACAAGUAAUUGUCACAGCAGAGUUUGGGGGUAGCGAACUGCAGCAUGGAGGAUGGAGGGCUGGUGUGAGUAACCUGGAGAAGAAGCAGAUGAUAACAUGUAUGAAGGGUUUUCCAGUGGAGCAAAACACAGCAUGACUACAACUUUGGUUAGGAUUCAAACCUACAAAACCGUGGAGUAUUUCCAGAGCAUGGGAGGCCAUGCACCUUUACGGAGAAGACCCACCCAAACUUCUGGAAAACACCGGCGCAAUCUCCACCUGCUUCAAACACUAUGCAGAAAGGAGACUUUUAAUCAGACCAUGGAAAGUAGCCGUAGCUGUCACACCUGAAAUAGUCACAAUCGAAAUGGCAGGUUUGAUGAAGAGCCCUUGGGAGAGUGGGCUGUGGGGCUGUGCAGCCCGACCCUGCCAGGAGGUGGCAAUGCCCAAACGUGGCUGGACUGAUGCCCCUGUUGGAGUGUUUCUGGCACUCUGCCUCCUGCCCAGCAGCUGCUGUGCCUCUGCAGUACAGGGGAACUUGUUCAGCCAUUUGCUGCUUGCUGUGAAGCAAAGGUCCAUGUGAAAACAAAUUGUCAGUGAUUUCUAUCGUGAAUGGUUAGCUGUGGAUGAUUAAUAAAGAAUUCUGAGACUG